CCAACUGCGGCUGCGAUGUUGACUUCUCUGCCGGAGUGUUUGUGGGCCACAGGUCCCACUGAUGUGGGGCUUGUUGAUAUUACACCUGUCACUUUUGAUUUACAACCGGGCCCUCCUAUUUGGAGGUCACAGUAUUCUCACAAGCAGGCGGCAGAGGAGGGGAUAGCAGAAACUAUUGGGGGUCUUCUGGAGGCAGGUGUGUUAGAAUCUUCCACCUCCUCCUGGAACACUCCUAUUUUACCAGUGGAAAAGAAAGGGACAGGUAAAUACCGCAUGGCACAUGAUCUUAGGGCAAUUAAUUCUGUUUUAUUGACCCCUACGGUGCCGGUACCUAAUCCUCAUGUUGCACUAACUAACCUUGAUCCCUCUCAAACUUGGUUCACAUGUGUGGACCUUGCUAACGCUUUCUUUUGUCUCCCUUUGGCUGAGGAAUGUAGGGAUGUAUUUUCUUUCACCUACAGAGGUCAACAGCUGAGAUAUACGCGUUUGCCUCAGGGUUUUGCUCUCUCCCCAGGGCUUUUUAAUCAGGUUUUGAAACAACAGUUAGCGGACUGUGUGUUACCAGAAGGUGUGACCCUGAUUCAGUAUGUUGAUGACCUCAUGCUGGCAGCACAGACGUUGGAGUCUUGUAUUGAGGCCACGCGACGACUGUUGUUACACCUAGCUAACAGGGGUUUUAAAGUGAGCAGAUCUAAAUUGCAAAUUGCUAGGAAGCAAGUUUCCUUCUUGGGGCGGAUUAUCACUGGGACAGGCACUCAGAUGUCUGCCAGUCAUAAAUCUGCGAUUCUCAAUCACCCCAAACCAUGUACGGUGAAGGACAUGUUGUCUUUUCUUGGUUUGACUGGAUAUAGUAGGAAUUAUAUUCCUAACUAUACUGGACUGACGGACCCCUUACGGGCGUUAGUCAGAGAGCAUGGGAUUCGUAAGCUCAACCAUGCUCUGAAUUGGACUAUGGAGGCAGAAGAUGCAUUUAUCUCUCUGAAACAACAAUUGGCUGCUGCAGUGCAGUUGGCUAUUCCGGACUAUUCUUCACAAUUCUAUUUGGAUGUUUCUGUCACAGAACUGACAGUUAAUGCAGUUCUGUAUCAGAAAAAAGGGAGUGAGAGGAGAAUUCUCCAAUAUGUCAGCGCAAUGCUAGAUCAUAUGGAGAAAAGACAUCCAGCAUGUACAAGACAUGCAGCAGGUGUAGGAAAAAUGAUUCAGAAAACAGCACACAUUGUGAUGGGUCAUCCAUUGCAGGUUAUGACAUCACACAGUGUGGUAGCAUAUGUGAAUUCACAACACUUCACAUUGACAACAUUGAGACAACAAAAAUUGAGCAAAAUUCUGGAAUCACCUAAUAUAACUUUUGUACAUAACGGAGUGAAUAUGGCUGACAGGAUGCAAGAAGGACAGCCACAUAACUGUGAGGAGUUAGUACAAAAGGAAGAAAAGAUAAGACCUGAUCUACAAGCUUCUCCUUUAGGAGGUGAAGAUGUCAGAAAUUUUUACACAGAUGGUUGCUGUUUUAAACAUGACACAGACGGAUUGAGAGCAGCAUAUGCUAUAGUGGAAGAUUUGGGCAGUGAGUUUCAGGUUUUGAGGGCAGAAAGGCUACAGGGUGCCCAAUCGGCACAGAGAGCAGAAGUGAAAGCAAUGAUUGAAGCACUGAAAUUAGCUGAGGGAAUGAGGGUGAAUCUAUACAGUGAUUCAGCCUAUGUAGCCAGUGCUGUCCAUGUGGAACUUCCUCAGUGGCUUAGAGCAGGAUUUAUAACUGCAGCACAAAAGCCCAUAAAACAUGAAACUGAAAUGAAAGAAUUGGCGGAGGCAUUACUGCUGCCUCAAUCUGUUGCUGUGAUAAAAUGCAAGGGACAUGAUCAAAGCAAGACCAGAGUGGCAGCAGGAAAUGCCGCCGCGGAUGAGGCUGCUAAAAGGGCAGCUGGAUACCUGCCAUCUCUUUUAAUGGUGAGUACCGACAUUGAGCAGAUGGAACAGAAUCAUCUGGAGAAAAUUAUUUUUCAUCAGAAAGGCGUGUCACCUGAAGAACGAUCUGUCUGGAAAGCAAGAGGUGCCAUCUGCAAUGAUGGACUCUGGCGGGGACCGAAUGGUAAAGUAAUUCUUCCUCCUAAUAUGAGAAUCCAGGUUCUUCAGGAAGCUCACGGACUCGGACAUGUAGGUAUCACACAGAUGUUGAAAAACCUAGAGCACUGGUGGCAUCCAUUUUUGAGGGACAUGGUCAAGGAUCAUGUGAAAACAUGUGAAAUUUGUGGACAACACAAUGCAAAACCAACUAUCAGACCACCAAUGGGACAUUUCUUUUGGACUACACAACCAGGUAAAGAAAUUAUUAUUGAUUUUACAGACAUGAUAACACCCGUUAGAGGAUACAGGUAUGUAUUAAUGUGUGUGGAUGCAUACUCGGGUUGGCCAGAGGCGUGGCCAGCAAAAAAAGAGGACAGCAAGGCUGUCAUAAAGUGUCUGAUCAAUCAUUACAUUCCGACCCAUGGAUUUCCAGAGAAGGUAAGAUCAGACAACGGCACUCAUUUUAGGAACCAAGAUCUGCAGAAAGUGGAGCAGAUGCUCGGAUUGAAGCAUUCAUUCGGUACAGUAUAUCACCCUCAAUCACAAGGCAAGGUUGAGAGAUUAAAUCAAACAAUGAAACAAAAAUUGGCUAAAGUGUGUGCACAUACGAAAUUAAAUUGGGUAGAGGCUUUGCCUAUUGCUUUGAUGUCUGUCCGAAUGUCCAUUAACCAAUCAACAGGGUUCUCUCCAUAUGAGCUACAGACGGGAAGGAUGUUUCCAGGACCUGCAACCCGCAUUCCAGGAUGGAAAGGUGAACUUGCACAUUUAUCUCAUAAAGAUUUCUUUAAUGAGUUACAGAUCCUGGCAGCGGAGUUUGCAAAAUAUCAGACGACACAGGAACGUCCAGGCUCAGGACCAGUUCCAGGAAUUGACUGGGUGCGCCUGAAGGUCAUCAAAAGAAAGUGGUCUGAACCUCGCUUCACCGGACCAUACCGAAUCGUGGAGAGGACGUCUCAUGCGGUCCGUCUGCAAGGGAAAGGAGACACCUGGUUUCACUGGAGUCAGUGUACAGCAGCUGAGGAGCCACAACGCACGCUACGAGGCAUCCAGGAGGAUCUACAGUCUCAACCUGCGGUCGAGGAGCAUCUGCAGGCCCAUCCCAGCGCGGAGGAAGAUCUGCAGUUCCAGGGAGGAGUGUAGCAGGAAUUCCUGCCACGACCACUUCAUAUUCCUGAAAUUCAAGGCUUAAAAGGCUCGGACAGGCAUAAUAAUCCUGUUCCGAUGUCCUUCUACUGAGAAAAGGAGAUUGCACCCUCUCCUUAAACUCACUGUUAUAUUGGCAUAAUAAUCCAAUUUUCAGUGAGCAACGGACACUCAGGUGGAAACCUGAGGUUUAAAACCAAGGAGGAAAACGGAUACACGAAGGAUCAGGCUACAAGAGGAUCAUCAUUAACUUAUCGUCUUUUUAUUGCGUGUUUUCGUCUUUUUGCGAACUCUUAAAGAACUUUCGUUUCUUUUUGCGCGUAUUUUUGUAUCGUUUCCUGACAAAGAAUUCAUAUUUUUUAAGGACUAACAAAGAAGAAAAGACACAAACUCUGAGACUCUAUU